GUGCGGGAGCGUGGGAGAGCGCGCGGAGUCGGGCCGCGGAUCAUCCGCUGGUGGCGGAGCAAGCUCGGCGCGGUGGCGCCCAGCGCGUUUCCAGCUAGGGGGCGGGUGCCGGCACGCUCGGCCGUCCCCGGCGGUGGCAGGCCCAGCAGGGCGCGGGUCCUUCCCGGCCACCACCUCCACCACCGCGGUGCCCUUCUUGGGUCGCAGGCCCCUCCCGCACGCCGAAAGGACUCGGGCCUCUGAGGAGUCCAGACGCCUUCAGGUAUAAUUGGAAUUCAUCAAAAUGUCAGGUGUGGUCCCCACAGCCCCUGAGCAGCCUGCAGGUGAAAUACAAAGCCAAAUGAAAUCGCCAAAUGCAGCCCCCGAUGCCCCUCCAGACUACAAUUCUCACCUUGUACAGGGCCCUGUCGGACCAGGACCCGCUGUUCUUCCACCUGCCGGCUUGCCUACAGGAUGCUAUGUUCCCCAGCAGCCCAGCAGCCUCUUGUACCAUCCCACAGGUGGUAUCCAUGCUAUCCAGUACCAGCCUGGCAAAUAUCCUGUGAGCAAUCAGUCUGCUCCAGUGAUGUGGAUGCCAGGGCUAACUCCUAUGCCCAGCUGCCCUCCUGGUCUGGAGUAUUUAGCUCAGUUGGACAACAUACAUGUUCUUCAGCAUUUUGAGCCUCUGGAAUUGAUGACAAAUUUUGAAACUAAUAAUAGAUAUGAUAUCAAAAACAACGUAGACCAGAUGGUUUACAUGGUGACUGAAGACACAGACGACUUUACCAGGAAUGCCUAUCGGAACCUACGCCCCUUCGUGCUGCGGGUCACUGACUGCCUGGGCCGAGAGAUCAUGACCAUGCAGAGACCUUUCCGGUGCACCUGCUGUUGCUUUUGCUGCUCUUGUGCCAGACAAGAGCUGGAAGUGCAAUGUCCUCCUGGCAUCACGAUCGGCUUUGUCUCAGAACAUUGGAAUCUGUGCAGAGCCGUUUACAGCAUCCAAAAUGAAAAGAAAGAAAAGGUGAUGGGAGUGCGUGGUCCCUGUGCAACCUACGGCUGUGGUUCAGACUCUGUUUUUGAGGUUAACUCUCUGGAUGGUGUAUCCCACAUUGGAAGCAUCAUCAGGAAGUGGAACGGCUUUUUAUCAACCAUGGGAAAUGCUGACCACUUUGAGAUUCGCUUCCCAUUGGACCUGGAUGUGAAGAUGAAAGCCAUGGUUUUUGGAGCUUGCUUCCUCAUUGACUUCAUGUACUUUGAAAGGGCUCCUUCACAGCGACCCUCAUCAAUAUGAAGGAACCUGGCAAGGCACCCACUGGAAACAAAAGGAGAGAGAUGUGCGCUGGGCUGACAGCCAGCCCUCAGUCGUUCACACAUGUAUUUCUCAGCUUGUGCAUUGUUUUUCCUGGGUGCUCGCUCUGAGAGCCGACUGAGGGCAUAUGUUCCAGAACACAAUCAGAAUACUCAUUGUGUCCCAACUGAGUAUCCUCUACUUGGUGGAGUGGGAGUUUAUUCUGACAGCUCUCCCCAUUAACCAAGUAAACAUAUACAAUAUCGACUUUAAAACAACAGGAAGAUGCGAGAAGGGAAAAUGAAACCCUGGGUUUGCACAUCAGUCGGUAGUGAGAUAAUGGCGCCAGGAAAGAGGCAUGCUGCUCAUCGUCUUUAGGGCCAAAAAGGUAGACGGAAAUAAUGCGCUUUAUUGCACAUAGAGAAUUUUACUUGUACACAUGUAUCAGACCUCAUUCUGCAAAGUUCAUAAAGGUCACAACAUUCUCAGUGAGAAAUUUCAUUUUAUUACAAAAUAAUACAUGUCUUCUCUUUAUAAUGCAGCUGAUACUUCCCAUGCCUAUACCUUUAUUCUCCUGGUUGGACAAAUUGGAGCUGCCUGUAUAUGAUGGCAGGAUGAGACCAGGAAAAGAGCUGAUCAGGGGCACAGCCAAGAAGAUCUCAACAUCCUGGGGCACUGGUGCCUGAGUUCAAAUCUUGAGUUUAGCAUGUUUGCAAAUAAUAGACUUGCACAUUGAAUGCACGCCCCCACCCGGGGCUUGGUCACACAUGCCUUACAGAUAACAUGUUCGUACAAAUGCCUAAGAUUACCAGUUGUACCUUUUUACAGAUACUUUUUCUCUCAAGAUCACAGUAAUGACCAGUAUGUUCUAAUGACAAGAAAUGGAGCUGUGUUUUUCAUGUCUGAUAUGUACUGUUUUCUAUAGCUGUAUAUAAAAGCAAAAGCUAUACAUCCUGGCACUGGUUAAUACUGAUUACUGCUUUUUACCUAAAUGUUAAACACAUCUUUACACAAAGCACAAGAGAAUACAGAAAACUUUACUUCUGCACUUUCUACCUAGUGUAAAUGGGGACUCUGAAGGAACAACAGAGUUAAAGUCCAAAUGCACUUGUUUGUAUUAAGAACUGUGUAUAUAUGACAAAUCCUUGGCUUCCUGCCUACAUAUGACUAUGUUCUUUCAUAGGUCUAUUAUUUUGCAGCUUAUCAAAUGAAGACUGAGUGCUUCUAGAUGGGAUUAUUUUGAGAUUUUUCUCAGAACAGCCCACAGCUCUUUUUGAAAGACAGGUGCUUCUUUCUUAGCUGUAUUAAUCUUUUUAUGGUAAAGAUUGUUUCACUCAGUUAUUUGUAAUACUCAUUUUACUUCCUGUUGUUAGCUUGUUAAAAAAUGUUUCCUUCUAAAAAUAAUUGCCUUAUAUUUUAAAAUGCAAUUAUAACCUUAAAUAGGCAAAUGUAUUUUCUGUAAUGAUAUAUUUACCUACAAAUCAGAUAAACACUAUUCAGAAAGUUCAUGUAUGAUGUCACUUUUACCCACCCACAUCUUGUAUUCCAGGACCUGCAUUGCUCUAAUAGUUCAGGACCAGACAUUCUACGUUUCUAUUCAAAGUGUUUGUGGUGUUAGCAUUUCUCUAGCAGAAAAAAAUUCUUUCUUUUAAAAACCGUAUGCCAUUUUUAUAUAAUCCACAUAAUUUCUGUAAUUCUUGAUGUAAUUUCAUUGUCUCAACCAGCUUCAAUAAAAAAUAAGCAGAACCUGUUUUCCAAA